AUGGGGAGGUCGGGGCGGCGCUUCCAGUCGAUGAAGAGGCGGUGGCGGGCUGAUUCGCCAAGUCCGCGCUGGAACGAGACGGUGUCCCCGGCAUCGAGGCGUUUCUCCUUGACGAAGCGGCUCCAGCCCUUGGUCAUCACGUAG